AAAUUUUAUUGAAUUAUUUUUUUUUAAACUACAUGUUGUACAUAUGUUUCAUUCGUUGAUAAUUAUUAAUUUUUGAAAUACUAGAAGUUUGGUAUAAUCUUUUAAAUAUGGAAAAAGCUGAGUUGGGAGUGGUAACUAGUUCCGAAGUGGUCGUUUUGAACAGAGGUAACAGUACAACAUGCACUGUGAACCUUCACGGCGCUACCAUCGUAUCUUGGAAAGUGUUCAACAUAGAACAACUCUUUGUCAGUACGGAGUCCCGCUUCGACAACUUGUUCCCGAUAAGGGGAGGCAUUUCGAUCAUCUAUACACAAUUCGGUUUCGACAACAUCUUCAUGCCCAACAACGGCUUCGCGAGGACAUCCCAUUGGUCAGUCGAGGAGCAUCCUACUGUGAUAAGAGACGGAGACGUGAAGGCAGUGUUUGUUCUCAAAUCCGAUCUCGUAAUGAGAGAAAAUUAUUGGCCUUUCGAUUUCGUCCUCAAGUUCAUCGUCGUCCUUCAAGAACAAUCGUUGAAUUUGAAAUUGAGUAUAUACAAUGGCGAGAGAGACAUGCCUGUGAAGUGCAACAUUGCGUUCAUGAACUACUUGAGACUGACUAGAUCAGAAAAUUGCGCCAUCUCUGGUUUAAAGGACUUCAACUGCCUCGAUAGGAUAUCUAAAAAAAUUGUUUGCGAAACGCGGGAUAGUUUUAACGUUGACCAUUGGAUCGACAAUGUUUAUCACAUGGCGGGGAGGGAUAUCCAUCUUUCGAACUCAGUUCUACCAUUUUCGAUGAAGAUCAGCAGGUGGAAUCUCCCGGAUGUCGGGUUUUGGAACCCGUGGACUGACGCUGUUCACCUCGCCACUUGCCUCUGUGAAGAGGAAGUCAAACAGAUGAUCGUGGUCGUAAACGGAAGCAUACUUUCACCCUGCGUGGUGCCACCCCUGUCUUGGUACAGCGUCAAUCAAUUAAUGGAAGCCAUAUAUGAUCGUGAAAUAUAUUCGGAUCGUUCAGCAUCAUUGAGCAUACUGUAGGGGAUUA